UGACCCAUCCUUCUCUUGCUCCGCACGCGUGACGGCGACGGCGACGACGAGACGAGAGGAUUCCGGCGAGAAGAGAGACGGGACAGCGGGAGUGGGGAAGAAGAACAUUUCCGGUUCAGGGGAAGGAGAGACACUCGCUUCCACCUCCUGCUGUCCUGCGGCGUGAUUCGGGCAAUCGGGCUCUGCCGCUCCUUCUCUCCUCCCAGCAUCCAUCGCCGCCGCUUGAGCUCUGCGGCUCUGCCUCCACUCCACGGCUCCACUCACCUACUACAGCUACAGUGCAGUCUCCUGGGCCGGAACUAGGAAGGCAUGCUGAGUGGCCACGCCGUGACACUGAGCGAGAGGAGCGCCUCCGGUACGCGCUUGAUCGAGGAUGUAGCGCGCGAGGCAGGAGAUGAAGAGGAGGAGGCGGACGCCGCCGCGAGGGUUGUGUACCGGGCCUCGUUCCAAGAGCUGAUGCCCAACUACCUUCAGUACGACACCAUCAUCUGGGCACUCAUAUCCCUGCUGCUUGUCCUGGCGUGGGGGAUCGGGCUGCUCCUGCUUCUCUACCUCCCGUACAAGAGAUACGUGCUGAAGAGGGACAUCCUGUCCCGCCAACUCUUUGUCACCGAGAAUAAGAUAGUCUACAAGGUGACUAGGCCUUCGUACUGGCCAUUCAUGGGGACAGUUAAGAAAGAGAUUAAAGUACCUCUCCAUUUGAUUCUUGAUGUUAUAAUUGAGCAAGGCUGUCUACAAUCUGCUUACAGCUUAUACACAUUUAGAAUAGAAAGCAUAGCCCAUGGGAAGCCUGCUCCAGUGGAUGAACUGCAAUUUCAUUGUGUCCAUAAUCCAGAUUUUCUAAGAAAGGUUAUAAUCAGAGAAGCUUCCAGGAGUAUCAGAGAAGUCCAAAGUUGGAAAACUACAUUGUACUCUGAGGAAGGCCCUUCUCAUGUAACUAGUGGAUUACACUCACCUAGUGCAAAGGUCAAAGAUUCCCCAAUCCACGCUGCCCUUUAUUCUAAGGGUAAACUUCCUGACAAUAUAGUGCUCCAUAAGAUUGAAGAACUUAGUCGAUCAGUGAAGAAUCUUGAGUCUCUACUCGUAGGAUCACAAAGAAGAGAAUGAUCUGAUAUUCGAUUAACACAUAUCUGAUAUCAUCUUCGACAAUUAACUUUCAAAUCAAACAUGGAAAGAACAGGAGGAACAAGCGGAAUAUAUGAACUCUGUCUUCUAUUUAGUCCUGCAAACACCAUGGGAAAUUGCAAUACUGCUCAUGCCGAGAAUGAGCUUCUAGUUUGGUGCAAGUUUCACAAGUUAUCUGUUGUACAUAGGUCGUGCUAGUUCUUCCAAGUUUCACAAUUUGAUGUUCAAAUAAUUAUAGAAUCAAUGGUCUUGGAUCACGAAGUAGAUCAACGUACAUGUAAGCUUGUUUAUCAUGUAAAUUCCAAAAUGGUAUUUGCUGCCAAUAUGUCAUGGCUGAUGUGAAUAUUAUUUUUCAGGCUUUUAUUUGGUCACUGAUGUAGAAGCAUAAGAUGUUUGAAUAUGAAUCAUUGAAGAUAUGUGCAAGGUUGCACCUGCUGAACUCGUGCUGAAGCUUGGAGUGAUAAUUGAAUUAUCGUUUGUAUAGAAUGGAUUGUGACCAAUAAGAGGUAAAGUCAUUUUUUUAGUUUAAACAGAUCA